AGACAAAAAAACACAUAUUUUGAUUGCCAUGGGGAAGGGUGCGAGCAAAGAAAAAACGACGACAGAGGAAAAAAGUCAUGAAGACGGAACCACGAAAAAGCCGCCAACGCAAUCAGACUGCAAAGACCCCAGCAUAGAAUCUAAAGAUCUCUUUAAUGACUCUGAUGAGUUUUUCAUUAUCUCAGAUGGUGGUGGAAGCAAAGUCAAGCCAGUCACGCUCAAAUGGGAACACGGUGGAAAGGAUGUGUUCGUUGCUGGUAGUUUUAACGAAUGGAAACUGGACAUCAAGCUUAAAAAAAAACAAAAAAACACAUAUUUUGAUUGCCAUGGGGAAGGGUGCGAGCAAAGAAAAAACGACGACAGAGGAAAAAAGUCAUGAAGACGGAACCACGAAAAAGCCGCCAACGCAAUCAGACUGCAAAGACCCCAGCAUAGAAUCUAAAGAUCUCUUUAAUGACUCUGAUGAGUUUUUCAUUAUCUCAGAUGGUGGUGGAAGCAAAGUCAAGCCAGUCACGCUCAAAUGGGAACACGGUGGAAAGGAUGUGUUCGUUGCUGGUAGUUUUAACGAAUGGAAACUGGACAUCAAGCUUAAAAAAAAGAAAGGGGUACAUGAAGUAACCCUGGAUUUACCACCUGGAACUCACGAAUACAAAUAUCACAUCGAUGGAAAAUGGAUACAUAAUGAUAAACAGAAAACCGUGAAUGACGACUACGGAGGAAGCAAUAAUGUCAUUGCAGUAGAAUGAUGAACUUAAGACCUCUUAGAUUCUUUUUAUUGUAUUUAUCUGUUCUAUAUAACACAUAGCAUCACCAACACGCUAGUAUUGGUCCGUUAACACGUAACAACAGUAUGGGUCCUACCAUAACCACGCACCAAUGUAUCAAACGUUACUUAUAAAAACGAAAGCAAGUAGAUGUAAUUUUUUAUAUUUUAUUCUUAAUUUAAUCAAUGUUGAUUUAAUCCUGGUAACGUAUCCAGUCAAAGUUGAAUUGUUUUCGAACAGCUUUAUUCAUACCUGACAAAUCUUAGUUAGGACAAUCUUAUAAUGGUGUUUUUCUUGUAAAAAUUUAAAUACAUUAAAUAUUUAGUAUAAAAA